AUGUUGGACACCUUGAUGAUAUUUUUAUAGUAAAUCCCAAAUAGUUUUAUUGCAGCUGACUUUUAUCCAGCAUACUCAUCACUGAAAGCUUAUAAAGAAACAGAAGCUACAGGCUCACUUGAUUUCUGGCAUAAGUUUUGGAUAGUUCGGUCUUUGCUUUUAUUGUUUGAGUACUUGUUCGAAUCGCUGCUUUUAAAAAUCCCUGCAUUUUAUAUCGGAAGAUUUGCACUUUUUGUAUUUUUGAGUGUUUUUGGAGGAGCUGGGCUAAUAUAUGAUUCUUGCUUAGGCCCAUUCUUGGAAACUUAUCAAGAAAGCAUAGACAAAGGGAUAGCGUUUAUAUUUGACCUAGGAUCUACGUCAUUUAGAAAAGUCUUAGGAUCGAUUAGAGACUUGCUUUUACAUCAAUUUCGUGAGUUUAUAAAUCUAACCCUAUCGAAAAAAGCUAACCAAAAUAACUAA